CUGGGUUUUGUUUUCAAGUAUUUUUAAGUCUUUCUUUUCUCUCUACUGUCUUGUCUGACUGUCUUUUUCUCAUGUAACCCAGGCUUCUCCACUGGCCAAAAACAAAUACUUAAGCAGUCUUUCAUAUCAGCCCCUAUCUCUCUCUCUCUAUUGCAAAGAUAUAUAGAGUUCACAGGAAGUUUCGGUCUUCGGAAGAGUCUUUACAAAACUUCCCCCACAAACACUCACCUUACACAGCGAUCAAUCCUAGACACUAUUAAACCCACCCACCCAGGCCAAGCGAAACAAGACCCUUCUCUCUCUCUCUCUCUCUCUCUCUCUCUCUGUCCUCCAUGGACUACCAUCUGAAGCAAUGGAGAAAUCUGCAUGAGUCAGAAGAACCCCCUUCUGCGAAGAUACCAAGGCUCCUCCUUGAACCGCAUCAGCAACCUUCUGGGUCUGCUCUCCCGUUGUUUGUACCUGAACCUAACAGUAGGAUCAGCAACCUGUCAGCAUUCCCAGAUUCAACGACUACUACCAGAUUUCCAAGGAUGGGAGGUUAUUUCAGCUUGGCGCAGUGGCAGGAACUUGAACUUCAGGCCUUGAUUUUCAAAUAUAUGUUGGCUGGCGCUGCUGUUCCUGCUGAGCUACUUCAGCCCAUAAAGAAGAGUCUCCUCGGUAGUUCUGCAUGCUAUCUUCAAUACCCAUAUCAGCAGUAUCAGCACUAUCAAACAGCAAUGUUACAGUCUGGGUACUGGGGAAGAAGUGUUGUGGACUCGGAGCCUGGCAGAUGUCGGAGAACCGAUGGAAAGAAAUGGAGGUGCUCAAGAGAUGUGGUGGCUGGCCACAAGUACUGCGAGCGCCACAUGCACCGAGGCCGAAACCGUUCAAGAAAGCCUGUGGAAAUCCCCACACCUGCCACUGCCACAGGUGGUGGAUUGAACGAUACAAACACGAACCCUGUUGCUGCUUCGCCCUUGACAGCUGCGGUGACCGGUGGUGGGACCCAUUUCGCCCUUGCAGGGUCAUCCCCUUCGAUCAAUCUCUUUCAACAACUCAAUCAAAGCCAGAGAUCCUCAGAAGGUGGUAUAGUUGGGACUGGAGGUAGGGGUCUGCUGGAAACCCACCAAGACAAGGUUUCUGCAGAGGGGAGAGCAGACGGCAGGAUCCUCCGGCAUUUCUUUGAUGACUGGCCAAGAUCACAACCAGAACCAAACAGUGUUGGCUGCAAUACCAGUCCAACAACUUCCACCACCUGCCUUUCCAUCUCGAUUCCGGGGAAUGCAUCGUCGGACUUCUCUUUGAAACUGUCGACGGGCAAUGGGGACGAGCCGGGUUCUCGCAGCGACGGAGGGGACCGGCAUCAGAUGAACUGGGCAUCAGGGUGGGGGACACACCCAGUUGCCUCAAUGGGUGGUCCACUGGCUGAGGCACUGCGAUCAUCAACCUCAAAUUCUUCGCCAACAAGCGUCCUGCAUGAGCUGCCAAGGGCCUCCGCAUCUGAGACAAGUAGUGUUAGCACCUGAAUUUAAUUCCAUUCUUGUAUCAAGUUAAACCCCAAGAACCCUUGUGUUCUUUCUCCUGUUUUCAUGCUCUGAUUUCAUGUUUGUUGGUAAGCACUCUGUUGAUACUGGGUUUUCUCUUCAGUUUUCACCCUGCUUCACUGGCUUGUAAAAAUUGCUUCCAUUUGUUUAUUUUGAUCUUCCUAAUUGGCUUGUGGAAAGCUAGAGGUUUUGGUUGAUUCAA